CACACUGUAUUUCCAUAAAAACGACACAGACCAUAUGUUUAUAUGACGUCCCCUGGUUCCGGAAGUGUGCACAGGAAGCAAUAACUAAAAAUAAGAAGAAGCUGUCCGUGGGUGUCUGGUGCUGGCCUCAACUCAACCAAGAGGAAGUGCCACUUACUAGGAGGGCCCAUGCCAGUCUGGGAGAGACUAUUACCGAGUUUAGGCAUCGGGUCUGGUCUUGUGAGGGCUUUCACUUGAACUGCUGACUCUUGUCUUUCCAGGACGUUCCUAAUAUGGUUCUUCCCCGCUGUAGGCUUAGUGUACGCGUCCGGGUCUGUCUGCUGUACAGGAGGGCUUAUUAUAUGAGUGAAUGGUUCGUGGGUUGUAUCGCCACUCUGUGAGUGAGUGUUGGCGGAGAGUGGCGUGGGAGCGUUGCGGUGGGUCUUGGCGUUGGAUUAGGUCUGAUGAUGGCGUGAUUUGGUGGAUGCUUUCAGUCACAUGAUUCUGACGGACCUCUAGAUGCGAAUGUAACGUCCUGCUGGCUCUUCAAAUAUAUUUGGGUUGAGGAUUAAACCAGAUGUCUACAGCACAAAAGUGAAUGUCAUCUGAUUGUCUGAGAAAGAAACUCUGAGCAAGUGAGGAAAGUUUUCUACAAGAGUACACACCCUUUGUGCUCUUGUUUUGGGAGAAUUAUAACCUUAUGAUUGCAGUCCAUCAAGUACUAUAUGCCGUCGAUUUGUGCUACAUGUACUUCAAGUUCCAGAAACACGGAGGAUAUUAAAAGCUACAGUGGUGUGAUAUACUCGACGUUAACUCCCAUCAGGCGUCAUCAUGGCAGGAUGAGGUCAUCGAUUACUGGAUUGAGAGAAAUUCGCCUAAUUUCUUCCUUAUUGUGUGGUUAUCCGAGGUCAUGUCUUCAUAUAUGAUCGUUCGGGAUAUGAUUUAAUUACAUACAUGUACGUCAUUCUUACGUUGAAUUUAGUUUCGCCAUAAUCAAGUUUGCUUCAUAUUGUGAUACAUCAAAGGAAACCUAACUUUCAUAGACAGCUCCAGAUAGACGUCAAUAUGUGGUCCCUCAUCAAAGAUCCACUUUUUCGGAACAAAUCGGACAUCAGUCUGUUGGGCUCAUUGGGACUAGAUAAGUUGAAUAACAAUGAAUAUAAAAAGAUCAACAUAGAUCUGAAUGAACUCACCACCUACCCAGGUGAGAUUAUCAUCGGACAAGCGCAUAAUGUGCUCAAGUUUGACUCCUUCAGUGGUCUCAACAAGGGAAUCUCGGGAUCCUUGUACUGCACUAACUUCAAGAUCAGCUUUGUCAGUGCCAACAGACCCAACCAUCACCUGAUUGAAUUGGAUCGCAAGAAUCAGCUGUUCAAAGAAAAUGACAUACCACUCACUUGUGUGGAUACCAUUUUCCAAGUGUCCUCAAGUAAGAGAAAGCAGUUACUACCAGGCAGCAGCGCGUCGAGGAGUAUGAAGAUGGUGGAGAUUAAAUGCAAGAACUUCAAAGUCCACACCUUCAGCUUCAAGUUCACCAACAAAGGCCAGAUCAAGUCGGUAAUGACCACCAUCUUACACUACGCCGUCAUCACCAGUCCUCGUCGCCUCUUUGCCUUCUUCUUUGAGCCCUUGUCUCCAUCCUCCUCAUCCUCAUCAUCCUCAUCGCCCUCAUCCCCCUCCAAAUCCAACAAUCACUCACCUGAACCCAAGAGUCUCAAAAGCACUAAAGAGUGGAAAUCAAUGAACAAGAAAACACCCAAGUUAGUGGCUGCCGUCUACCGGCCAACAUCCCAGCGUCUAUCAGCCGUCCCAGCCGCCUCCGAUAUACCAGAGAAGACACAACCCACGGAGAGAGUCGGCUGGACCCCGGAAUUCCGAGGAGCAGAAGAUUGGGAGAAUGAGAUGAAGAGAACGGGAGCUAGGAAUCUUAGAGUGACUUCCUUCAAUGAGGAUUUCCAAUCUUCAGACAGUCUUCCACAGUAUAUUGUUGUGCCAUCAGUCGUCUCCGAUGGAGAACUAAAGCGAGCUGCUCCCAACUUUGAGCAAAAUAGAGUACCGAUGUGGUGUUGGAGUCACAGAAACGGCAGUAUGCUGAUGAGGAUGACUCCACGACUGAACACUCAGCAACUAGAUCAUGAAAUCAGGAUGUUGGAGAGUAUCACCCUGAUCCAUCCCUCCAAGGCUCAACCAAACAUCCUGGAUCUAGCUCAACUCUGUCCCUCCUAUCGAGACAUCCAGGCCAGCUUCCAGAAGCUACAUGAGCUCUGCAUGCCAGCACAAAAUCAAAAGAAUCUGAAAGAAUUCUGGAGCAACGACAAAGACUGGUACUCGAACCUGGAUGCUACAAAAUGGAUGCAGAGCAUCAGCAUGUGUAUGACAGCGGCAGUCACCGCGGCUACAACCAUCUAUCAAAAUGAACAGACGGUGGUUCUAAGAGAGCCUGAGGGCCUAGACACUUCCUGCAUCGUCGCAUCCUUAGUCCAGAUUAUCCUGGAUCCAUAUUUCCGUACUCAGCUGGGAUUCCAGAGUCUCGUCCAGAGAGAGUGGGUCAUUGCUGGCCAUCCAUUCCAGAAGAGAUGCGGACAUCUGACACCGAAAAAGGAAGGUGAUGAGGCUCCAUCGUUCCUACUCUUCUUGGACUGCGUCAACCAGAUGAUGCAGCAGUUCCCCUCAGCCUUUGAGUUCACGGAUACCUACCUCAUCACUCUCUGGGAUAGCACCUUCGCCGGGAUCUUUGGCACUUUCCUCUUCAACCGAGAGCAGGAACACUAUCGGCUGUGCGUCCAAGAAGUGGACACGCCCGUCAGGUUAGCCACGGUCUGGUCCUGGACUCUGCAGUACAGCAGGGAGGACCAGGCUCUCUUCAACAAUCCCAUGUACAUCGCCAAGCAGAUCCUUGCCGACAAGGUUCCAGGCUUCAGAUCGUCCAAUCAGAGCGAGGUGGAUUACUCGGAAGGUUGUAAUCCCUCCAUGUACCGCUUCAGAGCACGGACUGCCAAACGGACCUUGCUGGAUGCCAGGUACGGCAGCAAAUCCCAGGAUGAUUUGUCUCGCUCAACGCCCGUCCACUUGCGAGAUAAGAACCUGAACAUCAACGGAGCUAACUCCACGGGCAACGGUCGCUCAUCGGAAGUAGAUCCCAACAUGAUCAUCCCACAGACAGGACCGCCGUUCAUCAAGUUCUGGACUCAGUGUUACCUACGUUGGUUGCCCAGCGCACACAUCGUGUGUGGAGGGAACCCUCUCGUCUACAAGCAGCAUUGCCAGGUGGUCGACGAGAUCCAGCAACUCAAGGACAAAUUGGAGCGAUUGCGAGCCCGGAAGAUGAACGACGUUGUGCGCCGACCAAAGCGCGAGAGUCGGUUGUACUUCACGUACGAGGAGAACGCCAGAAAUCAAGGCUUGUUGACGUCAGCGUUUCCGUUCUCCAUCAGUGACCUGAGCUUGAUUGGUGGAGAUCGGAGGUCGUUCCUCGGUACCCCGCUUGCCAGGUUCCUACGAGGACAGAGCCUGAUGCAGAGUGACAUGCACACACUGACGGUCAACGACGUCGAAGCUAGCGAUGAGGUGGAGAUGUAGGGUCACCAUGAGACAAGGUGAGAGGAAUUCAUUGCUGACACUGAGAACCUUACAGACAUCGUCAGAUACCAACAGCUAUAAACAGCUGCUAGACUGUUGCUACAAAUAACAUCGUGAAAAACUCUGAGAAAUCAUGAGAAAAGGUGAUAUUAAACUGAGGAGGUCUUGUGAAGAAAUCUCAAGAAAUGUUGAGACGUCUCUGCUUCUUCAAAAAAUGUGAACCAAUAUGUUUGGAAAUGAAGGUUUGUAUUCAUGGGGUUUUGUAUGAAAA